CCUCCACCAGGCUUCCUGCUGGAGGAGUUUCCUUCCCAGCCAGGCCGGCCCAGAAACCAGAUGGUCCCGGGACAGGCCCGGCCCCAGAGCCCAGAGAUGCUGCUGCUGCCGCUGCUGCUGCCCAUGCUGGGGGCGGGGUCCCUGAACAAGGAUCCCAGUUACAGUCUUCAAGUGCAGAGGCAGGUGACGGUGCAGGAGGGCCUGUGUGUCAUCGUGCCUUGCAACCUCUCCUACCCCUGGGAUGGCUGGGACGAGUCUGCUGCUGCUUAUGGCUACUGGUUCAAAAGAGUGACCAACCCAAAGACGGGUGCUCCUGUGGCCACAAACAACCAGAGUCGAGAGGUGGAAAUGAGCACCCGGGACCGAUUCCAGCUCACUGGGGAUCCCGGCAAGGGGAGCUGCUCCUUGGUGAUCAGAGACGCGCAGAGGGAGGAUGAGGCAUGGUACUUCUUUCGGGUGGAGAGAGGAAGCUAUGUGAGAUAUAGUUUCAUGAACAAUGGGUUCUUUCUCAAAGUAACAGCCCUGACUCAGAAGCCUGAUGUCUACAUCCCUGAGACCCUGGAGCCCGGGCAGACGGUGACGGUCAUCUGCGUGUUUAACUGGGCUUUCAAGAAAUGUCCAGCCCCUUCUUUCUCCUGGACGGGGGCUGCCCUCUCCCCGAGAAGAACCAGACCAAGCACCUCCCACUUCUCGGUGCUCAGCUUCACGCCCAGCCCCCAGGACCACGACACCGACCUCACCUGCCACGUGGACUUCUUCAGAAAGGGUGUGAGCGCACAGAGGACCGUCCGACUCCGCGUGGCCUACGCCCCCAGAGACCUUAUUAUCAGCAUUUCGCGUGACAACACGUCAGCCCUGGAACUCCAGGGAAAUGUCAUAUACCUGGAAGUUCAGAAAGGCCAGUUCCUGCGGCUCCUCUGUGCUGCUGACAGCCAGCCCCCUGCCACGCUGAGCUGGGUCCUGCAGGACAGAGUCCUCUCCUCGUCCCACCCCUGGGGCCCCAGAACCCUGGGGCUGGAGCUGCCCGGGGUGAAGGCCGGGGAUUCAGGGCGCUACAUCUGCCGAGCAGAGAACAGGCUUGGCUCCCAGCAGCGAGCCCUGGACCUCUCUGUGCAGUAUCCUCCAGAGAACCUGAGAGUGAUGGUUUCCCAAGCAAACAGGACAGUCCUGGAAAACCUCGGGAACGGCACAUCCCUCCCGGUCCUGGAGGGCCAAAGCCUGCGCCUGGUCUGUGUCACCCACAGCAGCCCCCCAGCCAGGCUGAGCUGGACCCGGAGGGGACAGACCGUGGGCUCCCCCCAGCCCUCAGACCCUGGGGUCCUGGAGCUGCCACGCGUUCAAAUGGAGCACGAAGGAGAGUUCACCUGCCACGCUUGGCACCCGCUGGGCUCCCAGCACGUCUCUCUCAGCCUCUCCGUGCACUGGAAGCUGGAGCAUGGGGGAGGACUUGGCCUGGGGGCUGCCCUGGGAGCUGGCGUCACUGCCCUACUCGCUUUCUGUUCCUGCCUCGUCGUCUUCAGGGUGAAGACCUGCAGGAAGGAAGCUCGCAAGAGGGCAGCAGCUGAGCAGGACGUGCCCUCCGCCCUGGGGCCCAUCUCCCAGGGUCACCAGCAUGAAUGCUCGGCAGGCAGCUCCCAAGACCACCCGCCCCCAGGUGCAGCCACCCCUACCCCGGGGGAGGGGGAAGAGCAGGAGCUCCACUACGCCUCCCUGAGCUUCCAGGGGCUGAGGCUCUGGGAGCCUGCGGACCAGGAGGCCCCCAGCACCACCGAGUACUCAGAGAUCAAGAUCCACAAGGAACGGCCCCUGAGGGGCCCAGGCUUUGGGCUUCAGUUGGAGAGGGAGACGUCAGGGAUGGUUCCAGAGUGAAGAGUUCUCCAUGGAAACAGGGCACCAGCAAGUAUGUGGGAGUCACGCUGGUGUGACGGCCAGAACGCGACUCAGAUUUCAGCCCCAUUCCCAAUGAAGAGCUUGAGUUUGAAGAUUAUACUUUUUUUGAGACAGGGUCUCACUUUGUCCUCCAGGCCAGAGUCCAAUGGUGCAAUCUCAGCUCACUGUAGCCUCAACCUGCCAGGUUGAAGUAAUCCUCCCAUUUCAGCCUCCUGAGUAGCUGGGA